CGCAUCGCAUCGAACAAAUAGAUUUCAGCCCGAACCUUUGUCGAGUUUUUUUGAAAUAUCUACGACAGUAGCUCAGUAGCUACCAGUACCGGUGCUAGCUAGCCAGUAGGCCGAAGAUCGUCUCCGCCUUCUUCCGCCGUCUUCCAUCAUCUCAUCUUCCUCUUUCCUCCAUGGUCAGAGUCUCUGCCUUCCAAGUCCUAUCCAAUACGGUAGCCGUUGUAGCAAUCAGUACUUUUGCUUCUUCGUCCGUUUACUAUGAUCAUCAGUAUUAGCGCUCGCUCUGUUCUGCUGUGGCUAUUCCUAUUGUGCCAAUGCGUGAUUCAUGCCCAGCCGCCACCACAGCAAAAACUGGGAGAGGUCCUGAUGUUGGUUUUGGAUAAAAACAAGGACCAAAAGGUCACCACGCAAGAGGUGGAAUCUCAACUUGAAAUGCUGGAAUCCCUGUUUCAAGAAGGCGAUGAGGACACUCAAGAAUAUCAGCAGAUCCUCAAGUCAGUCCAGUCUGUUGCAACCCAACUGUUUGAUCUACUGGAUAGCAAUAGCGACAAGAAGUUGACAAAAAAGGAGCUAAGCUUCUUUUCCAAAUUUGAAUCCUCUCUCAAGAAGGAUGGUAAAUUCAAACCCUUUAUUCGAGAUUGUUUUGAGCUAUUGGAUCAAGAUGGCGACGACUCUUUGAGCAAGGACGAGUGGCUCAGAGCAAGAGAACAAAGCGUCAUUGCUGAAAUUGCCGUAAAGUUUCACAAUAUCUUUCCGCUGCGAAAAACGCCACAGGAAUUGGAAGAGUUUGUCCAACAAGCAAUGGCCAUGAGUAGUGAAGACGCCGACAUCAAGGCGACUGAGCUAUUCAAUUAUUUGGACUCUAACGGGGAUGGGAUGGUGCAACGAAAAGAAGUUGGAUCUGCCUACAGCACGGCUGGGAAAAAGUUUGUUGAAAUCAGCAAGACCAUCAAGCAAAUGGGGCCCAUGUUAGCAAUGUUUGGUGGUGGAGCUGGUGGGCCUGGCAUGAGGACGGAAUUUUAAACAAUACGCCUGACUUUACGGUACUGCACUUGCCACUCUCUGAGACGGCAACCAUCGUGCGACAUGUAGUGCUCUGCUGGGGACGAGAAUUCCCUUAGCUGGUACGGUAGGAACCACGGCGAUUGGUCUUUUUUUUAGUCAUCGCCGAGCUCUAAGUUGCUGCUUACUAGUAGAAUGCUUUGCAGAUGUCC